AUUCUCUCGUGACGCACUCCCCGCGCCUACACAGGCUCCUUCUCAUUUCGGGUCCCCGAGGUUUCAAGUGUUGCGCAUCCCGCCGUGCUACCGAAUUUUGGUGUGUGCUCUGCUGGUGGCAUCUAGAUGCUGCUAGAUUCUUUUUCUACUCUCCCGUGCCGUCCAAUACAACGUCCCAAGGACGAGCAUCACGCAUCCACCACCGUUACCCAGGUUUGCGUGAUACUCUUUUCUUAUUCACAGUCACCUCGGCUCUCGCAAUCCGUCUGAUCAUCGUUCGCACUCCUCAUCAUUUCGGUUCUUAGUCCUUAGUCUUCAACCCGCCCUGCAUUGGCCUCGUGAGCUGGAUCAACAAGAAGGCUGGUUCCAACUUCGAAAACUACGGUUCCAACAACAAGAAUCAUCUUCCGUUGACGACGGCAGCAAGUGAACAACACCAGGCCUUGGUCACUACCGUCUCGAUAGUUUUCUCGACUCGACUCGAGCAGAUUCUGCAGCCGCCGCCUUUGCUUGACGCUCAUUCCGACUUUUCUUUGACCCACCCGUCACGCGCCUGGGCCGGUGGACAAUUUCAUUAUCGACCCGGCGCACCUGCCUCCUUCUUUAUUGUGUUUCGUCGAUAAAAGUCCCUUCGAUUUCCCCACAACUUCAGGAACCCGUCACAAUGGCCUGUUGAAGAAGCACACACCAAAUACAAUAGGAGUCACCCCGCUCGUUCUCCAUUCUUGUACCCAUGCUGGUCAUAUUAUACGCUGGACGUUGAACCAAUUUACACCUCGAUUCUCUUCUUCUUUCAACGCCGAUAGUGUUGCAGCACUCGCUUUCUGAAGCCGAUUUCCUUCCUGCCUCUCACUCUUUUCGAUAAACAACAAAUUCUACAGCAACAUUCAGGCCUUGUCUCUGGAGACAGCACGUCAUGAAGACAUUUUCACUGAAAGACACUCGGGGCCUUCUGGUUGCCGCUCUUUUUGCCAUGGCCCAACUUUCAGCAGGACAUUCCUGGCCCGAACAAGUGAGGCGCAUCGCGCCAAACGGCACCUUGGUCGGACCACUGGGUUACUCGAGGGCUUACAAACCUGGGGACAAUCAGUACAUGCUUCUUGACAAACUCGAUUCUGCUCUCCUUUAUUUCCCAGACAGGGCAGUCCUCACUGAUCAAAGCUACAAUGUCGACUAUGCAAUGCCAAAGGCUGCCCCAGGAGAUUGGGUAGCUAUCCAAUACAAUGAGAACGGCCACGUUUCGCUCGCAGAAGCACCCAAUAUCAAGAGGAACUCACCUGUAAAUCGGGGCACCAUCUACCUAUAUGGUACGACCAACAACGACCUAGCCGAUGUCCGCUUCGCUGAUGUUCACCUCAAAUGGACGGCUGAUGGCACCGGCGGCGAUAAGAAGGGAAGGCUCUUGGCUACCAGGCACUUUGACGACGGUCAAUGUCGUGAGCCUGUCGACAAAUCAUCUGGCGACCCCGCAGGCAUCAAAGCUUUCCGCCGGGCCAAUUACAAGAUUCCGCCCACAAUGGGAGAUCGCCUCAUGUGUCAGUCGGACAUCAAGCUCCCGGCCGACCUCAAAAUUGGACAAGUGUACACAAUCAUCUGGGUCUGGGACUGGCCACAAACGCACAAGCGGGGCGUCGCCGUCUCUCCUUAUACCUUCAUCGAGGAGUACAAAGACCCUAUAGUGUCAGUUCCCGAAAUUUAUACCGGAGUUGUCGAUAUCGAGAUUGUCAACCCGUGCGACGAAAGCCUUGGUGAAGUUAAGGGUCUUGGAUGCAAGAAAGGGGGCGAGAGUGACGUGCAGUUUGUGGAAACGGACUCCAGCAAAGCUGCUAUCCGAUCACAGAUGGCGAAUCUUUUCAUGGUCAAAGUCCCCCAGAAAGGGAAGGCCGCGAAAGCUGGCGUUGACUAUAACGAAGCUGACAUCCCAAUGGCUGGUUUGAUUGGGGUAGAGGUAGUACCGAUUCCCAUUUCCAACGAUAUUCAGGCUAGAAACAUGGCCCGACAAAAGAGCAUGGCUGUAGGAGGUAACCUUAAUGCUCCUUCUGCAACCCAAUCUGGAAGCCCACUCGCCGGCGGAGUAUUUCUAAGCGCCUCCUCUUCGACCGUUCCCACUCCGUCAGCAUCAUCUACGCCUGUUUCAUCGGCAUCUGAAGCAUCAAACUCGGCCCCUACUUCGAUACCAGCCACUGUAUCUCAUCAAUCCAGUGCGUCCGCACUGGCUAGCACCAACAUCCCGACUGAAAAAAGCGGCCAGAUUCCCGUCGCCGGAAAUACCAAGUUUGUGAAGGUUACGCAGACCAUCACCAUACCCGCAUCUACCGUCUACGUAACCGAGACCACCCAGACUGCUAUUAUGACUGCGACCAUCUACGAGACCGCAUACAACCAAACCACGAGCGUUGCCAAGUUCCGUCGCGAAAGAGGCCAAUGGGGCUUUGUUAGCAGGAAUUGAAGUCCGUUGUUACAUCACGACAAUGGCCACUGUUCGUAACGUUAGCGGAAAAAACGCGGCCCAUUGUGGGCAACAAGCCAAUCUUUCGUGUCCUUCUGCCCUUUGAUUACAGUUUUGAACAAGGGCAUUGUUCGCGCAGGAUACCAUUCAAAUUCAGGAAAGAAAACCAGUGCUUCAUUAGUACUAGUCCACGCACUCCUUCACAUUCCAAUUUUAAUGAGGAUAAAACAUUCUGGCGUUUUGGUUGAGACGGGAUAUUCAUGAAGCAUGGCAUUGUUGCAUGGCUGGUCGGCCGGAUUUGACGAAACAAGAGAAAAGAGAGAUCUGAAAAAGAGGGCAACCUCGCUUAGGCAUAAGUUGAGCCGAGCAUUUGGUGGGAUCAAGCUGCCAUGUAAGGGGAGGAAUGAACUUUGCAUUGGAUCAUGGUGAUAAUGGUGAUGAUGAUAGGACAGGAGUUGUAAAAGUUAGGAAGUCGAGGGAGAGGAUAAAGGAUCUUGCGGGUUCGGGAUCUUUUCUUCGUUUUGUUUUUCUCUGUUUUUGAGGUCAAAUCACAUUACUUCUCUUCUUCUUCUUGUUAUUUUAAGAUACCGCAUACCAAAUUUUUAUCUCGCUUUCCAUUCCCGCCGUUCUCUUUGAACCAAAAAAGCAGGAUAGAGUCACUCGCCUUCCUGAUGGGUAAGUAUGUUACUCGUAUACUUUCUUCUUCCUGUAUUUUUCAUGGGCUUCAUACUACUGUGUAGCUAUGCGUCUCGCUCGCUGUAGACUUCGAAUAUCAAAUGUUUUCCUG